CAUCGUUUUUCGAAAAGCAAAGCACAGAGCAAGCAAGCAAGCAUACACAUCUUGAGUAGAAAUAGACUUGGCUCCGGCUCGAAGUCCCUGUAUUAGUAGUGCCGAGUGGGCGACGACGACGACGACUAGUCAGUCAGUACCCAAUAACAACGUUUCGCGUCUGCAUCCGUUCUCUUUCAGAACAACGAAAAGAGUCUUUCAGUCGAGCCACCGCUCGCAUUCGAAUCUGUUCCUCAGAAGUGCGCGCGCGCUCCUCCUUCGGAUCAUCUUUUUUCAAUUUUCUCUUUUAUUUAUUUAAAUCCCCUUUGGAUCAUGAUCUAAAUCAAGUGCAUCCGAAUUAGUGUGAUCAACGAAAGUUUUUGCCGCUCGCGAAAUAACCAAGAGAUCUGAGUGUUCCAACUAGGACCAAAACAAUUUACAACUGAAGAUUCGUAACGACGAGGAUGGAUGUGAUGCUCUUUUUGCUGAUAUUUUCUGUCGCCUUUCAGGCGAUGGCCGUAGAUCCUAACGAACGGCCUUCAGAAGAUGUUCCUACUAGAAACGAGAAGAUUGAAGGUAGCGCUAACCAUUCGAAACCUGUCUUCGUAAAGUAUGGCAAGAUGCACAAGAGCACACUGAAGCCGGCUGGAAGUUAUGUGACACUGAAAUGCAAAAGCUACGGUAAUCCGACACCUAACAUAACGUGGUAUAAGGAUGAUCAACUUCCAUCUCAACGUAAUUUGGGAGAGUACAAGUACUCGAACUGGUCCUUCACCAUGGAGGAUUUGGUCACUGCUGACACCGGCAAGUACAAAUGCGUCAUCUGCAACUACCUGGGCUGCAUCAACUACACCCACGAGCUGGAGGUUAUCGAGCGCUUUCCGUCCAAACCUUAUAUAAAAGACGGAUACCCGAAGAAUCUCACCGUUCUGGUGAAUUCUACCGUUGCUCUCGAAUGUCCGCAGCUCAUAGCGGACCUAGAGCCAUACCUGACUUGGGUUCGGCCCUCAAAUUACACGUACUCGCAGCAUAACGACACCAACAAACCGGAUGGCCAAGUGAUACAGAAUCCCGAAAUCUUAGAAAUCCAAAACGUAACGCACAAAGAUGAGGGCUGGUACACUUGCAUUGCCGCAAACUCUUUAGGGCACACCCUUUCCAGUGCUUAUUUGAAAGUUGUCGAUACGAUAGAACCAGAACCUAAUUCAUUGUCACUACUGAAACUGCUUAUGAUAGUUAUAUCAGUUAUAUGCGUGGUGGUUAUAAUUAUAUUCUGCGGAGUCUUCUUCCAGAAGUACCAACGCGAGAAGCAUAAGAACAUGAUUGCUGUGAUUGAAGCGCAAUGGACGAAGAAGGUUACAGUGGAGAAGAUGCAUAGUACGAUGGAUAACGUUUCGGAACCAUUGUUGAUGCCUAUUGUGAAAAUUGAGAAGCAGAAAUCGCAAAAUAACAAUUCAGCUGAUGGAUUGGUCACUGAGUAUGAAUUGCCUAUGGAUUCUGAUUGGGAGAUCCCAAGGGAAUUACUGAUGCUAGGAGAGAGUCUGGGUGAAGGCGCCUUCGGUAAAGUCAUCAAGGCCGAAGGGAAUGGUAUUCAAAAGCCUGGUGCUGAUUGCAUUGUGGCGGUGAAAAUGCUUAAAGAGGGACACACCGAUAAUGAAAUGAUGGAUUUGGUCUCCGAAAUGGAAAUGAUGAAGAUGAUUGGGAAGCACAUCAAUAUUAUCAAUUUGUUGGGUUGUUGUACGCAGGGUGGACCUCUGUUCGUUGUGGUUGAGUAUGCUCCUUACGGUAACUUGCGCGACUUCCUGAGGCAGCAUAGGCCUUCAUCUGGGUAUGAACCGGCUAUUGGUAUCAUCGAGAAGGAAAAGCGCACCUUGACGCAGAAGGAUCUGGUCUCUUUCGCUUACCAGGUUGCUAGAGGCAUGGAGUAUUUGGCUUCACGACGCUGCAUCCAUCGUGAUCUCGCCGCAAGGAACGUUCUGGUCAGCGAUGAAUAUAUAUUGAAGAUCGCCGAUUUCGGUCUGGCCAGGGAUAUCCACUGCAACGAUUACUAUAGAAAAACUACCGAUGGAAGGUUACCGGUCAAGUGGAUGGCUCCUGAGGCUCUUUUUCACAGAGUGUACACGACGCAAUCCGAUGUUUGGUCCUACGGCAUCCUGCUUUGGGAGAUCAUGACUCUCGGCGGUACACCAUACCCUUCCGUGCCUAGUGUUGAGAAGCUAUUCCAGCUGUUGCGCAGCGGACACAGGAUGGAGAAACCACCGUGCUGCUCGCUAGAGAUCUACAUGUUGAUGCGUGAAUGCUGGAGCUAUCAACCCAACGAGCGGCCGACGUUCUCCGAACUGGUCGAGGACCUGGACAGAAUCUUGACCAUCACUGCUAAUGAGGAGUAUUUGGAUCUGGGAUUGCCGCAGCUAGACACGCCGCCCUCGAGUCAGGAGUCCAGCGGCGACGAAUCCUUCCCUUACUAAAAAAAAACUAGUCAGCAGCUUGAUGAUGAUGGUGGUUUCUCGUUUUGGAUUUCGUGAUGUGAGGUCGCGGUCGCCUGUAAAUAUUUACGCCGCGGCCGAAAUUAAUUACAUUAAUUUAUUCAGUAACAGUAUUAUAUAUGACCUUUCUCCCUUCUUGUUGUCUCUCGACGGUAACAAAAAAAGUUAAAUAAGGAAAAGAAACGAAGCUAUUUAGUCAUAGUGUUAAUUAAACGCAGUGCAACAAUGGAAUUCGUUUUAACUGGACACAAUGAAUAAUCGGUUGUAUAUGGAUUUGAAACCCCUUUUAGGGAUCAUUAAAUAUAUAUGUAUAUAUAUAUAUAUUACCCCCCACGGAUCUCGUUGUAAACGAAUUCCAUUGUGCAUAGCAAACGAAGAAAUGCAAUGAUAUUAUAUACAUACACGCAAACACAUACACACAUACACGACACACACACAAAUUAUAAUUAUGUGUUUUUUUUUAUUAGUAAAAUGUAAUAAAGUUAAUUUUUUAACAUUAUAAAUAACGUGCUUAAUCGACCGUAACCAAGAAACGAAGGUACAAAGAGGAUAAAUAGGAGCGAGGAAUAAAAAAAGAUAGAAGGAGGAAAGGUAAAAUAACACACAACGAGGGUCGGAGCGGAUGCUUUAAGCUUUGUAGAAGCCAUUCAGCUUGAAUAGCUUCGCUAACAAAUUACAGCAAUUCACUGUAAUUAAUUUGCUAAUUCAAAAUGAUUGCAGGUUGGAAUUUCUCUUUAAUUAACGGGAAACUUAGUUGAUGAUGUUUUAUUGGGCCAGAGAAGCGGGCUUGAUAAAUUUUGAUGUGUCUUCCGAUACCUCAGACACAUCCUCCCCCAAAUUUAUACCACAAUCUGCAA